AUGCCAAACAAUCAGACAGCACCCCCCAAUCUGGCCCUCUGCGUCACCACUCAAGACUUCGAGGCUGCUGCAAAGGCAGUCCUCCCAAACAAAGCAUGGGUCUACGCUUCCAGCAGCGCAGCCUCAGGUCUGUCACUCCAGUCCAAUCUAGACGACUGGUCUCGAAUCAACUUCCGCCCUCGCAUCAUGAGGAGCGUCAGUUCACUGAAUCCAACUCGGUCUAUCCUGGGUCAACCCGGCGGUCAACCAUUCUUCGUCUCGGCAAUGGGAACAUUGGGUAAUGCGCACCCAGGCGCAGAACCCUUGCUAGUGCGAGGAGCUACCCGAAAGGGCUUACACACGGUGGUCAGCACGGCGACAAGUAAGCCAUUGGAGGAGAUUAUGGAGGCCCACCUCGACGAGCAGCGCCAACUUGGUAAUCAGAGCCCGUCCAAGCUGGCUUUCCAAUUGUACGUCCCCGUGGAUCGAAAUCUAGCUCGAUCCCUCAUUCGAAGAGUCAAGGAGGCCGGCUAUCACAGUCUAUGGAUCACCGUAGACACUUCUACCCUGGGGAAACGCACGGCAGAUCGCUAUUUGCAAGCACAAGAAGCUCUCGAUCAAGGAACCAGAGAGACAGUCCGAGAGGCUGCGGAUGACAAUGCCUUUGGUCCUGCAUUUGGUGGCCGGCCUGUGCCGGGAUAUUUGGAUCCCGGUCUCAGCUGGGAGGAUUUGGCAUGGAUUACCGAUGAGUGGGACGGACCGAUUGUUCUGAAGGGAAUCCAGACCGUGGAGGAUGUAAAGUUAGCUGUUCAACACGGUGUGCAGGGUGUCCUUUUGAGCAAUCAUGGUGGCCGACAGAUCCAUUCCGCUCCCAGUGCACUAAUGACCCUGUUGGAAACUCGAACAUACUACCCGGAGGCGUUUGACAAGUUGGAGAUUUAUGUCGAUGGCGGUCUCCGGGAUGGUGCCGAUGUUCUCAAGGCUUUGUGCCUCGGGGCAACUGCUGUAGGAGUGGGUAGGCCCUACUUUUAUGCCAUGGCAGCCUACGGUAUUGAAGGCGUGGAGAAAUGCACCGACGUUCUUGCCGAGGAAGUGGAAAUCACGAUGAAGAUGUUGGGAGUUUCUUCGCUCGACCAACUGCGGCCGGACAUGGUCAACGCCAGCCGAUUAUUGAAUGAGAUGUGGCGGCCAGACAUCUGGUGGAACAAAUCCAAGCUGUGA